AUGGCUCCCAUUCCUCCCACGAUGAAGGCCGUCCAGAUCUCGCAGAACGGCGGGGUGGAGGUCCUCGAGUACAACGAUGUCCCCGUGCCGACGGUUGGCGAGGGCCAGAUCCUCGUCAGGAACCACUACGCCGGCCUCAACUUCAUCGACACGUACUUCCGCUCCGGCCUCUACAAGGUGCCGCAUUUCCCCUUGACGCUGGGUCGUGAGGGCGCUGGCGAGGUCAUCGAUGUGCACUCGUCCGUCUCCAACAUCCCCGUCGGCUCCCGCGUCGUCUUCAUGGGCACGUACGGCACGUACGGCGAGUACAGCGCCGUCGCCGCGUCCGACGCCAUCAUCAUCCCCGACGCCCUCUCCACCGACAAGGCUGCCGCGGCUUUCCUGCAGGGCCUGACAGCUUGGACUUUUAUCCGUGAAGCCGGCGAGGUCAAGGCUGGCCAGUGGGUGCUCGUCCACGCCGCUGCUGGCGGUGUUGGCGGCUUGCUUGUGCAGAUGCUGCGGGCAAUUGGAGCCAAGACCAUUGGUACAGCCAGCACCGAGGAGAAGUGUGAGCUGGCGCGCAAGUAUGGUGCUGGAUGGACCAUCAACUCCAAUGACGAUAUUGUGGCCAAGGUCAAGGAAAUCACCGGUGGCCACGGUGCGGACGUCAUCUUCGACGGUGUGGGCAAGUCCACCUUUGAUGCGGACAUUGACUUGAUUGCUCCCAAGGGCCACCUCGUUUCCUUUGGCAACGCCUCUGGCGCCGUGCCCCCCCUCAACAUCCUUCGCCUCACCCCCAAGUGCAUCAAGCUGAUGCGACCCGUCGUGAGUGUCUACGUUUCCGAUCGAGCCAGCCUCGAAAAGUACACCAACGAGCUCUUCGAAUUGAUUACAUCCGGCAAGGUGGAUAUUCUGAUUCACGACGUUUACCCCCUCAAGGAAGUGGGACGGGCACACCAGGACAUUGAAAGCCGGAAGACCAAGGGCAAGUUGCUCAUAAAAUUGUAA